AUGAACAAUACAUCAGAAAUUCAUUAUAAUGUUGACGAUAACGAAGUGCAUUCAACACAUUUAAACGAUGCUUUUGAAAGAAGAGACAAUUUACAAGUUAACCGAAAACUGUCAUCAGUCUAUGAACCAAAUAACGAUACUCGUGCUAACUUUGAGAAUGAUACGAAUAUACCACAAAAAUUAAUUAUUUCGAACACAAUCAUCGUUCCAAAAUGGAUAUCAAUUGCACGUUUAAUAACAGCUAUUAUUUAUGUUGUACUUCUUCUUGUCUAUCUGAUAAUUAUGAUUUUGGCAAUAGUUUUGUAUCCAAGAUGUGAAAAAGCUCCGAUUUCCGAGUGGUGGAGAAAUGCUGUUAUAAUUAAAGUCAAUUUACCUGACAACGAAAAUAAUGUGAAAUUUUCUAAUAUUACAAAUAAUUUAGACUCCUAUAAAAAUGAUUUGAAUAUACAAGCCUUAUUAUUAAGUUCAAUAAUGCCAUUUAACGAAAAACGCUCAAUACCAAAUGAAAUGCAAAGUGUAGAUGCUACACUUGGCAACGAAAUAGAUUUGAAAAAAUUAUUACAAUAUGCGCAUGACAAAGAUAUUCGAAUAUUGAUUGAUUUUCCAUUGAAUCAUUUAUCUGUUAAGUCGCCAAUAUUUCAAAGUUCAAUAAUGAAUGAAACCGGUAUGUAUGGUCAAUAUUUUGUUUGGAAUAAUCAAAUGAAUACAAGUAACUGGUUAACAAUGAAUAUGGAAAAAGCGUGGACAUAUAAUAGAGAACGUAACUCCUAUUAUUUACAUCAAUUUUCAAAUGAUUCUGCUGAUCUCAAUUAUCGAAAUAAUCGUGUUUUAAAAUAUCUGAUUGAUUCGUUUCAUUAUUGGAAUGAUCAGAAUAUUGAUGGAUUUAAUAUUAUCGGUCUGAGUUAUGCCUAUGAAGAUUAUGAAUAUAGCAAUGAAGAAGUUUUCCAUAACAAAACAAGACAUUUGGAAGAAGAUUUUUUGCUUAUUGGAAAAAUACGUUCACUUAACACAACUAAAUUGUAUUUAUUAGAUACAAUUGAUACCAAAAAUACCGAUGAUAAUAUACUUAAUCGAUACUAUGGAAAUGAAAUAGUCAAAGGUUUUAAUGUAAUCUCUGCUAAUAAGUAUGUGUUGUCUGCUGAUAAUAGUGAUAAAAAUAUUAUUCAAUUAUUUGAUGAUUACUACAGAAAUUCAUCGUUACAUGACAAAGGUCUUGUUUGGAAAACAUUAUUAACAAAUUCGAGUUUGAAUGAAGCUUGGUUUAUGGCUACAUUAUUUCAUAACGGUUUAAUAUUGAUAGAUGAUACUCAAUUGUCUACUCUCACUGAUAAUAUUCGUACACUCAUCACUAUUGUGCGUAAAGAAAGUGUAUUUCAAGUGGGUAAUUUAAGACAAGAAAUUAUCGAUAAUGGAACUAUUUUAACAAUUGAACGUUAUCGUCGUGGUUCAAAACAUCACAUGAUCAUUGUUAAUUUCAGUUCAAGUCAAAGACAAUUUAAGGUAAUACUGAAAGAAGGUGUAACAAAUGCUGUUGAAAUAAUGGUAUCAUCUAAAACAUCGGAGAAAUAUGUCAUUGGUGAUUUAGUUGCUAUGAAUGAAGAAAUUAAUUUAAAUGCGUAUGAAUAUCUAGUUAUUAGAUGGUCAGCAACAAUCGAAGGAUUAGGAGUUAUCUUUUAA